AAAUAUGAAUUAGUACCUCUAACAUAUACCCCACUCAAUAUCCACGCUUCCCUUCACUUUUUCCCUUUCCUUCAUUUUCAUUAUACACUUUUUCUUCUCUCCUCUCUUAUUUCCUAACUUCACCCCACUUCUUCUUUUCCACACCUCCCUAUCUUCUCUGCUUUAGUUUCUCAUAUCAACCCACAACCUCAUUCACAUUCAUUCCUCAAUUCUUCUUCAAAGUUCACCUCUUUUGAUCAUUUCAAGAGUACCCUUUUGAUCUAAAUGACGUCGGGGGCGAGGUUACCGACGUGGAAGGAGAGAGAGAACAAUAAGAGGAGAGAGAGGAGAAGAAGAGCUAUAGCUGCUAAGAUAUUCUCUGGUUUGAGAAUGUAUGGUAACUUUAGAUUACCAAAACAUUGUGAUAACAAUGAAGUUCUUAAAGCUCUUUGUAAUGAUGCUGGUUGGACUGUUGAACCUGAUGGUACCACUUACCGUAAGGGAUGCAAGCCUCUGGAGCACAUGGAUAUUGGUUGUGGAUCAUCAGCUGUAAGCCCUUGCUCAUCUUACCAUCCAAGUCCUGGUUCAUCUUCCUUCCCAAGUCCAUCUUCAUCCCCUUACGCCGCAAAUCGUAACGCUGAUGGUAAUUCCCUCAUUCCAUGGCUUAAAAACCUCUCCACAACUUCAUCUUCAGCAUCAUCUCCGAAACUUCCACAUCCGUACCUUCACAGCGGCUCCAUAAGCGCUCCUGUCACACCUCCCCUGAGCUCUCCGACUUCUAGAACGCCGCAGAUGAAUGUUGCUGACUGGGAAGAGCGGUCUGCACGAACGGGAUGGGCCGGACAACAUUAUUCGUUCCUGCCUUCCUCCGGCCCUCCAAGCCCCGGCCGUCAAAUAGUUGAUCCUGAAUGGUUUGCUGGGAUCAAACUUCCUCAUGCUAGGCCAACUUCUCCAACAUUCAACCUUGUUUCUCGAAAUCCAUUUGCUUUCAAGGAAGAUGGUUAUUCGGGCAGCGGUUCACGCAUGUGGACCCCUGGACAGAGUGGAACGUGUUCUCCGGCUAUUGCUGCAGGCUCUGAUCACAAUGCUGAUAUUCCUAUGUCAGAAGCCAUCUCAGAUGAAUUUGCAUUUGGAAGCAACACAUUUGGGAUUGUGAAGCCUUGGGAAGGAGAAAGAAUCCAUGAAGAAUUUGUAGCAGAUGAUCUUGAACUCACACUUGGUAACUCAAAGACAAGGUGAAGUCCUUAUAGGAAUAUCAAUGAUUGAAUGUAAUUACAUCAACAUUAACUUGCGUUGUAAACCUUCAUCGCAAGUGGAAGGUACACAGUGUGUUGUAAACUCCGAAAUACCGAGUUUGAUUGAUAAAAACAAUUAUGACUUGAUCAUUAACUUGUGUUGUUGUGGUGAGUAAGAAAUGUUAGAGGUCAUGGAGGAGAGUGUAAACUGUUAUCUUUUGUUCCUAUCUUUUUUCUUCGUUUUCUUUUGUAAUUUUGUCCUUUGCAUUUUGAUUAGUACUCCAGUAAUAUACAUGUUUAGUUAGGUGUUGGAAUGGAUUUACAAUCCAUUCAUUUCAUCAUUGUUGUAAGUUUGGUUAAACCUUAUUAUUAGACUCAUCAUUAAUAUACCUUUAUGGAUUGGCUUGGUUUGCCACUGAGG